GAGAUCGCGGUAGUCCCUAGUGUGCUGCUCUGUCUUGUUAUUGAUGUGAGUCCUCGAAAUUGCGGACUAUACAAGGAGAGAAGAUCGAAGGAGAAAACAACGUCUUCUCAUUUCAUCACCUAACUGCCUCUUUGCUCCUUUUAUAAGCCACUCUCUCUCUCCUCUCCCUCUCUCUGCGCAUAUACAUACGAGAAGUUAUGGCGGCUACGAGUGCUGUUAAGCUGAACGCAACGUCGUGGAUCGCUCAACAACCCUUUAACCAACGCACUGGAUCCGCCUCUUUUUCACCUUCUGCUCGGAGAGUCUCCGUCGUUCGUGCCGGAUCUUACUCCGAUGAACUUGUCAAGACCGCUAAAACAAUUGCAUCCCCUGGCCGCGGUAUCCUUGCUAUUGACGAGUCAAAUGCAACAUGUGGAAAGAGAUUGGCCUCUAUUGGAUUGGACAAUACAGAGGUCAACAGACAGGCUUAUAGGCAACUUCUGCUGACAACUCCUGGUCUAGGUGAAUAUAUUUCUGGGGCCAUUAUGUUUGAAGAAACCCUCUACCAGUCAACAACAGAUGGAAAGAAAAUGGUUGACUGCUUGAUUGAACAGAAUAUCGUACCUGGCAUCAAAGUUGAUAAGGGUUUGGUUCCUCUACCAGGUUCCAACAAUGAGUCGUGGUGCCAAGGAUUGGAUGGACUGGCUUCUAGAUCAGCUGAAUACUACAAUCAAGGUGCCCGCUUUGCAAAGUGGCGCACAGUUGUCAGCAUUCCUUGUGGUCCUUCUGCAUUGGCCGUUAAAGAAGCUGCAUGGGGGCUUGCACGUUAUGCUGCCAUAUCUCAGGAUAAUGGUCUUGUGCCCAUAGUAGAGCCUGAGAUUCUUCUUGAUGGUGACCACUCAAUUGAUAGGACACUAGAAGUCGCUGAGAAAGUAUGGUCAGAAGUCUUCUAUUACUUGGCACAGAACAAUGUGAUGUUUGAGGGUAUCUUACUCAAACCAAGUAUGGUAACUCCAGGAGCUGAACACAAGGAGAAGGCUUCUCCAGAGACAGUUGCCAAAUAUACACUCACUAUGCUUAAGAGGAGAGUACCUCCUGCAGUUCCAGGAAUCAUGUUCUUGUCUGGAGGACAAUCUGAAAUGGAAGCUACACUAAACCUAAACGCAAUGAAUCAGACACCCAACCCCUGGCACGUAUCUUUCUCCUAUGCACGUGCUCUGCAGAACACGGUCCUAAAGACAUGGCAAGGACUUCCUGAAAAUGUUGAUGCUGCUAAGCAAUCGCUUCUGGUUCGAGCAAAGGCCAAUUCUCUUGCACAACUUGGCAAGUACACUGCUGAGGGUGAGAGUGAUGAUGCUAAGAAAGGGAUGUUUGUUAAAGGCUAUACCUACUGAGUCCAAAUUUAGUGGCAUAUUAUAGCACUUGCAGAGUACUGUUUUAUCUGUACUAUACCGGUGGCAACUUGUUUUUUGUAGCUAUGAAUGCUGAGAAAGACUUGCUCCAGACAAGUUUGAUUUAGCCUACAUACUUCAACUGUUUUGAAUAAGGACUUGUAUGAAGAAAAUUUCAUUUUGUAACCCAUUAAAAAUGGGAUUACUGUCAGCUGAGAAAACUGUGUUCCAUCUUAAAGCCUUUAAUUUUUCUUUUAAAUUUUUGAAUAUGAUGAGAUUAUUGUAUUAUAUUUUUCUUUGGUA